CUUGCUAGGCGCGGGAGCCCGGCGGGAGCGUCUUCAGCCAGAGUCCCCCGUCACGUGUGUCCAAAGAAAAAAAAAAAAAAAAUUACCAAUCGCUCAAUUACACGAACGAAGAGCAAUGACUCGUAACCCCUAGGCAACCAGCGUCCCGCUAUAGGCGCCAGCCACCAAGGGGGCCAUGAAAAACGGGUCUUUUGAAGGGAAGAGUCGCCGCCACUGCCACUCAUGACCGCUCCCCGAAAGCAAACAUGAACCGCGCAGCCCUCCGGAACUAGCGCGCAAACACAACCCGUUAUAUCCACGGUCCUGACGCCGAGAAUUAUGAUCUGAUAAACAAAGCUCGAUUCGAAUUAACAUUGAAGCUGCAGGGUGUUCAUCAUCAUCAUAACAGGUAAGAUGCGUCGGCGUUGUCCCUCCCCGGGCGCGGCCCAGCAGGUGCUCCUGGUCUCCGCUGUGGUGAUGGCGCUCACCCUCUACUAUCGCGCCCCUGCCAUCGCCGUCCUCCAUAGCGCCGCCCCUGCCGCUCGCGCCGACCAAGCCCCCCCUCCCGCAAGCACUGAGGCGCCGAGAGCGAAGGCGGCGGCGAGGAAGGGCGGCAGAACUGGCAUCCGCGCAGGCUGGGACGACGAGGCGGCGGCGGACGGCGACUUCCCGAUCUCGCUGGAGCGCGACACCGGCGGGGAUUCCUUCGCCAGCAAGUUCAUGAUGGCGCUGGACUUCCUAACGAAGGAGAAGGAGCGGAAGACGAAGGCGACGACGCACCCGCCGCCUCGUCCGUCGUCUGACCGCAGCCGUACGGCCAGCACGGUGCCUUGGAACCAGGACACCGGAAAGGAGACCAAACACACCGAGGGCACGAACCCGCAGCCGGACACCAAGGCGAACACGAUUCCAGCCGCCAAGCCUGCCGUGAGUCCGGGCCCCCAGGCCCGCGCAUGCCGUGUGGCCUUCCCGCCGCUGGAUUUCUGCGAGUGCAAGAGGGAGAUCCUGGCGCAAGGGGGGGCGGCGUGCCCUGCCACUGAGGGCGAAGGAGAAACGACCCCCCGUGACCUGCUGGCAGCCUUGAACCGCACGCUCGGCUCCUCCACCUGCAGUGACGCCGCCACGCUCAGGGGUGCCAACCAAUCGGUGAUCAGCUUCUCCCUCUUCGGCGCCUUCCCCAGCGAGUACCACGACGGGGUGCCGGUGGUGGUGGCGCGGGCGGCGGAGGCGUACCCUGGAUGGGCGGUGAGGGUGUAUCACGACCUCGACCUGGCGAAGGAUCUCAGCGCAAGGGCGUGGGUGUGCUCCCUCGCCUGCAAGUUCCCUCACCUCGACUUCUGCUCCGUCGGGUCCUUGCCAGGUAUCGGUGACCUCCGCCCUACGAUCGGGACCAUCUGGCGUAUGGCGGUACUCGGCGACCCCUUCGUCCACAGGUUCGUCAUCCGGGACACCGACUCCCCGAUCCUGCAGCGGGAGGUCGACGCCGUGAAGGAGUGGGUCGACUCCGGGAAGUGUUUCCACAUCAUGCGAGACAACGCCGCGCACACCAUGCCCAUCAUGGGCGGCAUGUUCGGCGGCUGUGGCUUUUGGCAUCGCGAGGUGUUGGAACGCAUCCGGGGGACACUGUUCCGGUUCUCACGCAAGGCCAGCCACGCCAACUACUUCGACCAGGUCAACGAGGUGCGGUUCCUGUGGCCAACACUCAAGAAGAACUUCAUUGCGCACGACUCCUACCUGUGCAAUCAGUUUCCGGGCUCUCGGCCCUUCCCCACCAAGAGAGUCAACUGCACCUUCGUUGGCAUGCGGAAAUAUCGUAAGGACUUCAAGGGUGACACGGUAAAAGUGCCCUGUCCCGUGGCGUGUCGGCCCCCCAAGCACAGGGACUGGGAAUACUGUUAGUUAUAUGUGAGGUGGCUCUGUGAUCAGGAUUUUCGGUGAAGGGGUUACCUGUAUGGCAGGGUACUCUAUUCACUUUUCCGUUUUUGGCUUUAUUUAUUGCUGAAUUAUUGAUAUACACUGUUUUUAAGACUUGUAAGCAUAUAGCUAUAUUGUAUGUACUGUAUAUACAGUUUCCAAUA